AUGGCGCUCGCCCGUCCGUUGCCCCCGUUGUGGCAGACGCUGUUUCCCGGCCUCAAUGGCCCCAUGCGACCCGUCCUGAACCUGCCACUUCUCCAGCGCCUUUCACAGCCCUUCCGGAUGCUGCCUACGCCAUUCGCCGCCCUCGCAUUGCCUUCAAUCUCGUUUCCCUCAAUACCGUCGAUCGCCGAUAUAUGGGAAGGAAUCCUCAAGGCUGUACCAAAGAAGAAGACAUCAUACCGCAAAAAGCGACAACGCUUCAUGGCCGGCAAGGGACUGAAGGACAUCACUGCACUGCACACAUGUCCAGCUUGCGGGAGGGUCAAGCGGUUGCAUAUUUUGUGCCCUUACUGUGUGGAUGCGAUCAAAACCCAUAUUUUUGGCCAGAUGAACUGGUCCCUCCGCACACCGACCUCCAAGCAGAUGAAGCAGAUGAAGCGCGACAAGCGCGAUGAGAACCGGAGGAAGCGCCAGGUAGAGACGGAUCCGAGGAAAGAAAAGGAGGAACAGAUCUUGAAGCACACGGGGUGGUUUGGAAAGUCAGGUUGAUUGAUAACGGAUGAUUGGGGAUACGAUGGGCAGGGACGAACUGUGCUGGCUCUCGAUAGAGAUGUGUACAACUAUUUGCAUGGACAGGCGUCACUCAGGUGUUCAGCUGUUUGCACAUUGGAAAUGUAGCAACAUGUAGAACGCAAGGCAGGAGGGAAUAUAUCAUGACAUUAUGGCAUGGCGACAACAUUACGGCACUUGCCAAAAAUGAACAUUAUAAUGGCUUCCUCGUCCCUUCUUCGAAACUAUCCAAUCUUGAUGAUAUUGCACUGGGACGUUUGAUUUACAAUCCCUCACUUCGUCCGCGUUUUGGGUCGAGCGUUCUCGAAACAUAGCCGAGCCUGAACACUCGAAAGGCG